CUUUAACUGUCUAUGGAAGAAGCAGGUCAGCUGACCGAUGACGUCACAGCCGGAGUGACAUCACGGAGAGGAAGGACGUUUGUAAAUCAGUUGUGACUUUAAGUGUCUAUGGUUGUGACCAUAUUUGUGACAGAGUCAGUAGGAGAACAAAAGCUGAGGAAUUAAAUUUCAGUUAAAAACCUACCGAGAGAAGAAGCCAUGCCUGCAGACAUUGAGAAAGGCAAGAAGGCAUUUGUCCAGAAGUGUGCCCAGUGCCAUACUGUGGAGAAUGGAGGAAAGCACAAGGUUGGGCCUAAUCUUUGGGGUCUGUUUGGACGUAAAACAGGCCAGGCAGAGGGCUUCUCCUAUACUGAUGCCAACAAAAGCAAAGGCAUUGUCUGGAAUGAAGACACCCUGAUGAUUUAUUUGGAGAACCCCAAGAAAUACAUUCCAGGAACAAAGAUGAUCUUUGCUGGCAUCAAAAAAAAGAACGAACGAGCUGACCUUAUAGCAUAUUUAAAGUCUGCAACUUCAUAAAGAACUCAUCUGCAUCUUUGCCAGUUUAAUUGUCCUGACAAACAGAUAAAAAAGGCAAGGACUCGUUCUUUCAAAAUCAGGCAUAAUGGCAAGCAAUCUCUGACUGGUAUUGACAUAAAUUACCAUUGUUGUUACAGCUGUACCUGUGCUGUUUUUUUUAAACAUAAAUUAUUAAACCAUAUAUUGCGUAUAUAGGAUAUAGGGACAGAAAGCUGUUUGCUUAUUGUCAUCCAGAAUGUUCACAGUACUUCUUGAGUUAUAAUCAAGUUGUCCUUUUCAAGAAUGAA